ACAAGCGCGCACGCGGACGCAGGCAGGCAGUAGUAGCAACAGCAGCAGCACCAGCACCAGCACCAGCACCAGCGCCGGCAGUGCUCCGGUCGGUUUGGCCUCAUCCUGACGCACGCGCGCACGCUCUCCUCACACACUCGACCGGUGCGCAGUAUAGUCUAUAGACGUAGUAGUAAGUAUAAUAUUAAUAACAAUAACAAUAAAAAUAAUAACGAUAUUAUUAUAGUAGUCGCCGGGACUCUCAUUCAUAUUGUUUCUGCUCGUGCGCCGCCGCCGCCGCCGCCACCUCCGCGUAUAGUGUGGUAAUAAUACAAAAAAAAAAAAAAAACCGUCGAAGCCGCAUCCGAUAAUCCCAACUUGCGCCUUCGCCGUAUGAUUAUUGUUUUUUUUUUCUUUUUCAUUUUUAUUAGUAUAAAAAAAUACACACACAAUCGAAAAUAGUGAUAGAGAACCGUCGAAUCGCUUUCACUGCGGUCAUUUGGAGUUGUUUCGUCGCGUUUCUAAUGCCAGUGGUCUGCUCGUUCUGUGUACACCAAACGACGGCAGCCGAUUGCCGACGAAUCGCUCACAGUCGUUCGGUAAAAAGCUAACAAUAUAUGAUUAUGUACUGGAGCGGCACGAUAACAGCUGAUGAUAGCCGCAAGCGAUCGUAAGUGACCGGAAUCGCCGACACAAGACAGACGAUGACGACCGCGACGGUUUACAGUACACGGCACUACAGAAUUUAAGUGAAAGUGAAUCCAUUGAAACGCUAGUAUGGCAGCGUUUAAAGGACCCGAAGAAAAGCCGGAAGACGCAAGUCAUGAAGUCGGCACCACUUUACCGGCUGUUAUCAUCAGUAGCGAUGACUUUAAAGACGACACCCAGUGCGGCAUUGGACCGUGCACACCAAAGUGGAUGCAGAUAUUCGCUUCGAAACAAGCGUUUUUGGCCACGUUUUGUAUUGGUUGGGUUCUUCAGGGCAUGUUUUAUACGUACUUCGUGAGCGUUAUCACCACCUUGGAAAAACUGUUCCAGCUACAGAGCAAGACCACCGGCAUAGUGAUGAGUGCCACUGAGAUCGGGCAGAUCGGAUCAUCGUUGUUACUGACCUACUAUGGUGGUCAGGGACACAGGCCUCGUUGGAUAGCGUCUGGAAUGGUGUUGUUUGCUGUGGCCGCGUUUUCGUGCUCUACUCCACACUUUUUUUUUGGACACCACCAGGUAAUAUCCAAAUACGACGGGGCACUAGAUAGCAAUUUAUCAGCGAUCGCUCCCAACGUAUGCCUGCAACCGGAAAACGGAUUCGACGGUUCCGAUCGUCAAGAUGUGUGUCACGAGUCGGUGUUAAGUCAGCAAGAAACCCAGUCGAAAAACACGCAAAUCGUGUUAACCAUAUUUUUUUUGAGUAUGCUGGGCGUAGGAAUGGGCCAGACGGCCGUCUACACGCUGGGAAUACCUUUUAUCGACGACAACGUGGCUAGUCGGGAAUCGCCCCUCUAUUUUUCCAUUACCAUAGGUGUUCGUAUUCUUGGCCCGUCGUUUGGAUUUCUGUUGGGGGCGCUUUGCACCAGCUUAUACGCUGAUCUAUCGGUGGACACAGAAAUCUCAACGACGGAUCCACGGUGGGUUGGAGCCUGGUGGUUAGGACUUGUGGGUAUAUCGGCCACGCUACUACUGGCUUCGAUACCUAUGUUCGCGUUCCCAAAACGGUUACCGCCGUCCGCCAACGAAGUGGCGGCAAUCGCCAGAAAACCGACCAACGGCGAAGUGUGUGGUAACAGCGUUCCAGCCGUUCCUAAAGCACCGAGAUUAAAAGACUUCCCGACCGCCAUCAAAAGGCUCCUUAAGAACGACAUACUCAUGUACCGGACGGCUAGUAGCGUGCUUCAUUUGCUACCGAUUGCCGGUAUAUACACGUUUUUGCCUAAGUACUUUGAGUCGCAAUUCCGAUUUCCUGCACACACAGCGAACAUGGUUACAGGAAUCUACGGUAUUAUGGUGAUGGGCAUUGGAAUCAUCAUAUCCGGUAUAUUCAUAUUAAAGAAAAGUCCUAACGCUAGAGCAGUAGCUGCGUGGAUUGCGUUUACAGCUGUGGCUUACGCUAUUGGUAUGGGUAUACUGAUGUUUUUCGGAUGUCCAAUGUCAAACUUCUCGGGGUUACACUACGACGAACAGAAUCUGGCCAAAUUUGAAUCUCGGUGCUCCAGCCAGUGCGUGUGCGACCAAGAGACAUUUAGUCCAAUAUGUGGUGAUGACGGUCACACGUACUUCUCAGCGUGUCACGCUGGGUGCCAAAACAUAACCAGCAUCAACAAGAAUUAUUAUAAAUUUGUAGAUUGCUUGUGCAUGGAAGGUAAUUCGACCGAAGCGACGCCGGGACUUUGUGAUAAUGGGUGCGAAGAUACCGGUUUUUGGUACGUUGCUUUAUUUUCGCUAUUCGUGUUUAUCCAUUCCACUUCCGAAGUGGGCAGUAUGCUGCUCAUAUUAAGGUGUGUGCAUCCUCGAGACAAAGCGAUGGCUUUGGGACUCAUACAAUUUGCAAUUGGUAUAUUCGGAAACGUGCCUUGCCCUAUCAUAUACGGAGCGGUGGUCGACUCUGCAUGUAUGGUGUGGGAAAUGACAUGUGGCAAACCAGGAGCGUGUACUCUCUACAAUUCGGACUCAUUUCGAAUUUUUUAUCAUGGUAUAACUGGAUUAUUGAUGUUAUGUGCCUUUUUUGUGGACGUCAUCGUAUGGUAUAAAGCUGGAAGUAUUAAUUUUGACGACGAGCACCAGUUACCAGUCAAUGAAGAAGAACUAAGCCAGCUGACUCCUAUCACAGAAAAAACGGAAACGGCUGUUUGACAGUAGAUUUUCAACGUACUCAACAGCCCAGCUAUCAUGUUCCUUGUUGAUAACCUUAGUUAGAUCUGUAAAAAUGCUAUCACAUUACCCAAUACAUUUACUGUGCGCUUACAUUUUUAUAUUUUAUAUUAUUUACUGAUAAAACUAAUUUAAAAAAAAUAUAAUACUUAGAUGAAUGGUGAUGAAUAUUAUUUAUACCAGAAAUUGCCAAUUAUUUACGGCCAUCAUGACUAUAAUAUUAUAUCUUAUAAAUAAUAGAACAUCACGUUACGGAAAAUGCUCUAGAAAUAUUUUAGAUUAAUUUAAUAUUAAAAUUUUAAUUUUUUAAAUAUUUUUAACGAAGUAUAUUUUUUUAUAAAUUAUUAUUAUGAAUUGAAUAAUUUGUUUUUAUUACCUUUUUUUUUGUUAAGUCAAUUACUUUUAAUACAAUGUGUAAUGUCAUCGAAUUUAUGUUAAACACAGUCCACAUCAUUUAAAUGAUACAGAAAUAUUAACGGCAAACUUGACUAGUCGCAAUUAUUUUGAAUUAUAAAAAAACAAAUGCUGUUAUUAUUUCUAUUUGUCUGUUUGCGAGUCAUCCCUAUAUAAAUGUAUAUCUAUGUGCAUAUAUAUAAGACACAUACUCCAAUUAAAAAAAAAAAGACUGUAACUAUUUUUUUAAAUAUAAUAUAUUAAUUGUUUAUCACUUUUUUAAGUUGUAACCUUUCAUAUUAUCAAAUGUUCUUAUUGUAAUUUUAUAUAAUUGUAUACAUUUUAUUGUUUUACACAUCACAUCCAUUAAGUUACCUCUCUUAAUGAGUAUACAUUAAUGUAAAUCGAUACGUAUUGUAGCUUUUAUUAUUAUUAUUAUUAUUAGACUAAAAUAUUAAUUUAUUUAUCUACAUUAGUGAAUUAUUUUGUUAUUUGGCCAAAUAUUACAAGGCAAUUAUUACUCGAACAUCGAAUAUUUUGUUUUA